AUGAAUGCAGAAACUGCAGACGAACCUGGACUUUCCGCCGUCGAUGCCGCACCUAGUGCUCUCGAGUCAUGGAGAGAUACUAGCCCACCUGCUCGCAGAGAUCUUUUCCUCGAAGCCGCUGAGCUUAUGACAAGCCGACUGUCAAAACUGGGAAAUGAUAUGAUCCAGGUAACUAGGGCUCAAUCAACGUGGGCUAAUUUCAAGGUUGACAGAAAGCGCAGCUUCCGAUCAGUAACUUAUGCACUGGCCGCGGGAAGUACAGUGGUCCUUGAGGGGUCGGAGCUCUAUCCACGCACAUUAUGGGCGAUCUGGUCCAUCUACAAUGAAUCUGGCUUUCCCUCCGGCCUGCUCAAUUUCAUUGCCUGCAGCCUUACCUCGGCGCCGACAACCCUCAAAGCUAUCAUAGAGCCCCCGGCAACUAAUGUAACAACUUUUGCUGAAAGUGGAAAGGCACCGGGUGUUGUUUGCAAGGUUGUGGACCUUGAUUUGGCGGCACGAGAGCUUAUACUUGGAGCUUUCAAUAAUGCUGGUCAAAUUUGCAUUUGCACUGAGCGGAUUCUUGUUGUUCGGGUCGGCGAAGGAACUGUAAUCUGGUAUUGGAUGCCCUUACAAAAUGGCAAGAAUUGUCUAUUGUGGCUUCAAGAACGGGGAAAAAAAGGGGCUACACAGAUUAUACGCCCUGCUACUUUUUGCGAUGCAAAGCCAAACAUGGAGAUGUACCAGGCAGAGUCCUUUGUGCCAACGGUGUCUCUGAUUCAACUCGACGGCAAGGAUGAGGCAGUGAAGAUCGCAAAUAAAAUCUUCUCCUGCAAUCUGAGACGGGCACUGCGCCUUGCAAGAAUCAUUAAUUCCGGUGCUGUUCAUACCAACAGCUUGAAUACUCAUAGUGAGUGCAUUAUGGAGGAGUAG